GAUUAUACGACAAAUGUUCUUAUACCACCCUUGACCGUGGAUGGGUUUUGGGAAUCAACAACAUAAGUGACCAGGGCAAUCAAGAUCCUCGCUAUUUUUUCUCCUUGAAGACCGACCGGGCCUGGAAGCUCACCACCAUCACAGACCACCGUAGCUACCUUCCAAAUCAAUGGGUUCACCUUGCCAUCACUUACGAUGGACGUCUGAUGAAGUUGUAUGUCAACGGUGCCCAGGUGGCAACCGGCAGAGAACAGGUAGGGAGUAUUUUCAGCCCUUUGACCUCAAAGUGUAAGGUCCUUAUGUUGGGUGGCAAUGCCCUAAACCAAAAUUACCGAGGAUACGUAGAACAUUUUAGUCUUUGGAGAACAGUCCGUUCUCAGAAGGAGAUACUGACGGACAUGACUCUGGUGGCUCCCGAAGCAGAUGUUCCUCUACCUCAGCUAGUGUUUCAGGAGACUUUACUGAAUGUGAAAAGCAGCUGGUCUCCCAUGAAAGACAGCCCACGUCUUCCUCUGACUGAGUUCACAUCCCACUCUGACUACCUGUUGGAUACCAGCCUGGAGCCUCCUCUUUGUGGGCAAACCGUUUGCGACAACGUGGAGGUCAUCGGCAGUUACAACCAGAUCCCAACCUUCCGCCACCAGAAAGUGGUCCGCUACCGCGUGGUGAACAUUUACAACGACCAUCAUCGCAACCCAACCAUCAGCCAGCAACAAAUCGAGUUCCAGCACCAGCAGCUGAACGACGCCUUCGGCCCGUACAACAUCUCGUGGGAAAUGGAGGUGCUGGAGGUCAACAACUCCUCCCUUCGCAACCGCCUCAUCCUGGCCAACUGCGAAAUCAGCAAGAUUGGAGACGAGAGCUGCGAUCCGGAGUGCAAUCACACGUUGACCGGGUACGAUGGAGGAGACUGCCGCCACGUGCGUCAGCUUUCCUUCAACAAGAAGAAACAGAACGGCGUUUGCGACAUGGAUUGCAACUCGGACAAGUACAACUUUGACGGUGGGGAUUGCUGCAAUCCAGAUAUAACGGAUGUCACCAAGACCUGCUUUGACCCUGAUUCUCCUAACAGAGCCUACUUAGAUGUCAAGGAACUGAAGAACAGACUCAACCUGAACGGCUCCACCCAUCUCAACAUCUUCUUUGCCAAUUCUUCUGAAGAAGAGUUGGCUGGCAUGGCCACCUUUCCUUGGGACAAAGAAGCCUUGGUGCACUUGGGAGGCAUCGUCCUGAAUCCUUCCUUCUAUGGCAUUGCUGGCCACACCCAUACCAUGAUCCAUGAAGUUGGACACAGCCUCGGACUCUACCAUGUCUUUAAGGGGGUCUCUGAGAUCUUCUCCUGCAGCGACCCCUGCAUGGAAACAGAACCGUCUUUCGAAACGGGGGAUCUCUGCCCGGAUACCAACCCUACCCCAACUCACAAAGUCUGUGGCGAUCCCCCUGCUAGCAGUAACAUGUGUGGGUUCCGUAACUUCCAGAAUACACCAUUCAACAACUUUAUGAGCUACGCAGAAGUGGGAUCCUCGUGUGAGCUCUGCGGGGAAGGACGGGUUCUGAUCCAAUACGCUUCCAGUGCCUCUUCUCCGAUGCCCUGCGAUCCGUCAGGCCACUGGAGCCCCCGUGGAGCUGAAGGGCACCCAGAUGUGGAACAGCCGUGUAAACCCGAUGUAAGAACGUGGACUCCCAAUUCAGCGGUCAUCAAGCAAACGGUCCCACCAGCUUGCCCUGAACCUCAAGGAUGCUACCUUCAGCUUCAGUUCCAAUAUCCGGUCAUCCCAGAAUCUCUGACCAUCUGGGUGACUUAUGUUUCCCCCGAGUGGGACUCCAAAGAAGCCAUAAAUGACAUCAAACUGCUGAUGGUCGGAGGAGAAAACAUCUCGCUUGGACCUCAGAACUUCUUCUGCGACAUCCCCAUGACCAUCAGACUGGAUACGGAGAAGAUGAAGGAGGAGGUCCGAGGCAUACAGAUUUACACCUUGGACGAACAACUGGAGAUCGACGCUGCUAUGAUCACUUCGGUCCCACAGAGCUCACAGUGUAAAAAAUGCCGGCCCAUCCAGUACAAAGUGUCCCGGGACCCUCCAUUUCCCAAAGGUCCUUCGUUUCUCAUCUUGGACCUCAGUCGGAGAUUUCUGGACAC